AAAAAUACUGUUUUGAACAAUAGUUCCGUAGAUGAUUUAGAAGAGCAUACUUCUCAAUAUGUAAAGAGCAUCGUCAGUACUACAGACAUAUGUUCAGAAAACACUUGUGGAACCAAUGUUCUACCAUCAGACCGUUUUCAGGGUUCCUUAGUGGGUGGGAUACUGCACUGGAAUGUAUCUUCAUUGUUAAAUUCUCUCAGUGAUGAAACUGCCCGCUUGGGGAUACUGGGUGAGACAUUUGAAGGAUGUCUUGAAAAAGUACUUAGUAACACAGAUGCCAACCAGUCUGCAAUCUUUGAGUCUUCUUUUGAUGUAAUGGACAGCCAAUAUGUAACAGGUGGUUCAAAAAAUGAAGGUAUUGAAAGAUCAAAGCUAGAUAUACAGUGCCUGUUCAACCUACAUAAAGCACCGGAAAAGAUGCCAUCUACAAGUGAAAAGGAGCUGCAUCAACUACUUAGUGAAGGUGAAUCUGUAAGCUCUGUAUCAUCCCCAAGUCUUGCACCAGAAGAAAGAGAUGAAUUUUCCGGUCCUCAAGAGCUCUUCUUUUUGGAUGAAGAAUUUACCAAGACGCCAUCACCAAAAUCUCUUAAUGAAAUAAAAUAUUCUCUGUCAUCUUUGCUGGAAUCCUUUCAACAUCUAGGGGAAAUGGCAUCAACGGCACACGAAAUCCCAUUAGACUUAAAACAUAAAUUGAAAGAUGUUUUGGACUCUAUUCCUGAAGAAAGUUGCGAGAAAGAUGAUGGGGCAUUGGAAACGAUGAUGGAUAAACCAACGCCACCAUGUUUCUCUUCAGCGGCUUUGGAGAUGGCAAAAGCAUCUGAAUACAGAGAAUUGUUAGCUGAACAGGUUGCAGAAGCAGUGGUGUCUGGGUCGACUCCGAAUGGUGAGAGAAAAGGAAUGGCAUUAGACGAUCUUACUCUCUCAUUGUCUUUUGACCCAUUUAUAACAAGAAAGCAAAUUCCCCGCACUCCAGAAAAUCUGCUUACAGAAGUCAGAUCAUGGAGAAAAGCAAUUACGACUGAGGACUCAUCAGACAUAAAGCUGAACUUACCUGAGGUAACAAUAGAGGAAGGUCCAGUGGAUACGUACGUCUAUAAGAAGAUCGCAGGCUCUAGACUUACGUGCUUUGACCCUGCAUCUUCUGUACCUGACUUUGAUCCUGCCCCAUCAGAAAGCAAGUCCCAAUUAAGUUCUACAGAAUUUAGACCUCAAAAGCAGAUGAGGAUAAGUCAUAUUGAAUCUCCAGUUUCAGAAGCAUCUGGAAUACAAGAAAGUGAGAGAACUGAAGCACAGGGGUUAAAAAAUACUGUUUUGAACAAUAGUUCCGUAGAUGAUUUAGAAGAGCAUACUUCUCAAUAUGUAAAGAGCAUCGUCAGUACUACAGACAUAUGUUCAGAAAACACUUGUGGAACCAAUGUUCUACCAUCAGACCGUUUUCAGGGUUCCUUAGUGGGUGGGAUACUGCACUGGAAUGUAUCUUCAUUGUUAAAUUCUCUCAGUGAUGAAACUGCCCGCUUGGGGAUACUGGGUGAGACAUUUGAAGGAUGUCUUGAAAAAGUACUUAGUAACACAGAUGCCAACCAGUCUGCAAUCUUUGAGUCUUCUUUUGAUGUAAUGGACAGCCAAUAUGUAACAGGUGGUUCAAAAAAUGAAGGUAUUGAAAGAUCAAAGCUAGAUAUACAGUGCCUGUUCAACCUACAUAAAGCACCGGAAAAGAUGCCAUCUACAAGUGAAAAGGAGCUGCAUCAACUACUUAGUGAAGGUGAAUCUGUAAGCUCUGUAUCAUCCCCAAGUCUUGCACCAGAAGAAAGAGAUGAAUUUUCCGGUCCUCAAGAGCUCUUCUUUUUGGAUGAAGAAUUUACCAAGACGCCAUCACCAAAAUCUCUUAAUGAAAUAAAAUAUUCUCUGUCAUCUUUGCUGGAAUCCUUUCAACAUCUAGGGGAAAUGGCAUCAACGGCACACGAAAUCCCAUUAGACUUAAAACAUAAAUUGAAAGAUGUUUUGGACUCUAUUCCUGAAGAAAGUUGCGAGAAAGAUGAUGGGGCAUUGGAAACGAUGAUGGAUAAACCAACGCCACCAUGUUUCUCUUCAGCGGCUUUGGAGAUGGCAAAAGCAUCUGAAUACAGAGAAUUGUUAGCUGAACAGGUUGCAGAAGCAGUGGUGUCUGGGUCGACUCCGAAUGGUGAGAGAAAAGGAAUGGCAUUAGACGAUCUUACUCUCUCAUUGUCUUUUGACCCAUUUAUAACAAGAAAGCAAAUUCCCCGCACUCCAGAAAAUCUGCAUAAAGAUCAUUUGGAUGAGAAGCAAGCCGUGAAGGAACCAUCAUCAAAAUAGAAUUUUGUUAAGGAGAAACAUAAUUGAUUUACUAUGGUUAUGGUUCACUUGAGAGUGUAACAUCUUCUCCAAGCAUUACCUGGAUGAAGAAGUUGCAUUUCUGUUUUCAGCAGAGGCUGUAUUCCAGUCUCAGAACACAGAAUAAAAACCAUCUCUCAAA